AUGAGAGUAGACAAUGGACAAAUGGGCUCUAUACCAUUAGGCCUACAUAAAUCAAGAGGCCUUUUCAUCUUGAUGUCCCUGCUGGCUGUGGCUUCCUUUAAGGAAGGAUCAAUUAUAGAUAUCUUGACAGCCCAGUGGGCAUUCUGGAGAUCCCAGGGCUCUGUGAGAGUCUGGCAGCUGAAGUGGGAAGAGGGACCUAGAAACUGCUUGCUAUAUGGCCGUGGUGCUAUAGCACGCCUGUUGACUUUGGACUUUAAGGAAGUCCAGACAUCAGAUGAAGCUACCUCCUGCCCAGCUUCCGCUUCAGAACAGGUUCCGGCUCCAGCCCGGCCAUACCAAGGUGUUCGUGUGAAGGAGCCAGUGAAAGAACUGCUGAGGAGGAAACGUGGUCAUGCCAACAGUGGGGCACCAGUCACACCUACUGCGCUAGUGCUACCCCAUCAACCUCUGGCAACCUACACCACAGUGGGUCCUUCCUGCCUUGACAUGGAGGUUUCGGCUUCUACUGUGACAGAGGAAGGAACCCUCUGUGCUGGCUGGCUCUCCCAGCCUGCACCGGCCACCCUCCAGCCCUUGGCUCCAUGGACACCCUACACCGAGUAUGUGUCCCAUGAUACAGUCAGCUGUCCCUACUCAGCUGACAUGUAUGUCCAGCCCAUGUGUCCGAGCUACACAGUGGUGGGACCCUCAUCUGUGCUGACCUAUGCCUCCCAGCCACUCAUCACGAAUGUUACGGCUAGAAGUACAAGCACACCCAGCAUGGGGCCCACACUGGAGAGUCCAGAGCACCAGGCGCCCCUCACCUAUUUUCCGUGGCCUCAGCCCCUGUCUACACUGCCCACAUCUACCCUGCAGUACCAGCCUCCAGCUCCCACCUUACCAGGGCCCCAGUUUGUCCAGCUCCCCAUCUCCAUUUCUGAGCCAGUCCUUCAGGACAUGGAAGAUCCACGGAGAGCCAUGAACUCCCUGACCAUCGACAAGCUACUUCUAGACCAGGAAGAUAGUGAUGCCUACUCGAUCAACCAUACCCUCUCUGUGGAAGGCUUUUAG